AGUUUUAUGGCGGUUUGCACGUAAUGUUUGGCCGCCUGUCUUUAACUCAUCCCUUCAACAAUCCAAAUUUGCAACAGAGGCGGGCAAAUACUGAACAACAUCUAUUCCAAUUGGUCACAAAUCGGAUUUGCUGAACCAACCAGCUCAUUUGUUUCCGGAAGUGCUUCUUCUUUUGACGAUGGCGUCUAAUGUUGUCCUGGAAAAUAAAUUAAAAGCAAUCCGCUUAAUUAAGGACGCACGAUAUAUUCUAUCGUAGAUUUUAUUGUUGUAUAUAUCUACGGAUGAGGUAUAAUGUGUGAAAUGUACUGUAUAUGUAGAAAAUCCCUACAUUACUGCCGAUAGCAUGCCAGCUCUUGUGUUGGCGUCGGAUAAAUCUUGUACAUUCACAAAUAUUACCCCCUAUUAUAUUAUUUUGAAACAAUGUUGGGUUAUUUGGCAGCGAGGAGGGCCGGUCUGGAUGACCCUCUGCGACUCAGACGCGUGGAGGCGACGAGAAGGGUACUGAGCCUACAGUUGAAUGCAGACAGAGAUAUGGAGAGAAUCCACGCAAAUGGUGUCAAUACUGUUGAUAUUGACGUAAUUGAAGGCAAAUACAUGUUGUCUGGAGGUGCCGAUGGAGUGAUUGUCAUCUAUGACCUGGAGAACUUCAGUGGGAAACCGCAGUACACCUGCAAGGCUGUCUCCACCAUCGGCAGGUCCACCAAGUAUGCCCACAAAUUCAGCGUAGAAACGGUCCAGUGGUAUCCUUACGACACUGGCAUGUUUGUAUCCAGUUCCUUUGACAAGACGAUGAAGGUGUGGGACACGGAGACUCUUAAGCCUGCUGAAGUGUUUGAGUUUGAGGGCACCGUCUACAGCCACCACCUGUCGCCCAUCGCCAGGAAGCACAGUCUCAUCGCAGUUGGCACCAAAGAUCCUAAAGUACAGUUAUGUGACCUGAAUUCCGGUUCAAAGAUCCAAGUCUUGCAGGGUCACCGAGCGGAGGUCCUGUCUGUGCGAUGGUCACCCAGAUACGAACAUAUUCUCGCCACCGCCAGUGUUGACAGCAAAGUGAGAGUGUGGGACGUGCGUCGGGCGUCCGGUUGCCUCUUGACCCUGGACCAGCACAACAGAGACAAGUCAAAAGCUGCUUCUGAGGCAGUAAACACGGCUCACAACGGCAGAGUGAACGGUCUAUGCUUUACAAGCGAUGGCCUUUACCUCAUCACGUCUGGAACCGAUGACCGCAUGCGAUUGUGGAACAGCGCCACAGGGGAGAACACCCUGGUGAACUACGGGAAAGUGAGCAACGAGAGCCGCAAGAGGCGUCAGUUCACGGUCUCGCAGGGCUGCAGUCCGGAAUUUGUGUUCGUGCCAUGCGGCAGCUCAGUGGCCGUGUAUGGCCUCCACACGGGCGAGCUGGUCAGCAUGCUGCGGGGUCACUACAACAACGUGGACUGCUGCGAGUUCCACCCGGAUCACCAGGUGUUGUACAGCGCAGGUAAAGAUGGGAACAUCCUGGCGUGGGUUCCGGUCUUGCGCGGCCCAGAUGUGGAGGAAGAGUCAGAUCAGCAUGGCGCAGUGAAGUCGUCAGCGAACCCCGCCUUCCAGGACGCGUGGAGCAGUGAUGAAGAUUAAUGAUGCUUCCAGGUUUCACUGAUGGACAACAGAUUAUUGUUUUUUUUGUGUCUGUUUUUUUUACAGCGAGAGCAAAUUAGCAGAUUGAACGGCUGGAGCAUAUUCAUCAAGUCUAUUUUUUGUGUGUGUGUUUUGUUGGAUACAUUUUUCUGCCACCACCCGGAAACCCAUGGAUGGGAGUGGCCUUGCAUUGUAAAACAUGCAUUGUCUUAAUUCAUUCCUGGUGCGUAUUUGCAUCUGUGUUUAUGAUGGGCCCUGAUGCUGAAACUUACGACAAGACGGGCGAUACCAAGAGAAGCCUCUCCCUGAAGACACCUAAAACACAGUAGCCUUCGUAAAACUCAAUAAAUGAACCUUUUUGUUUUUGU